AUGGACUCUGAGGAACGCAAAAAGUCUGCAAAGCUUAUUCGCAAAUCCUCCAAUGCAAGCUAUGUGAAGAAACGCAUAUUCAAAAACCGCCUUUUGGCCAGCAAGGCUGUGAGCAAGGCGCAGAAACACCUGGCUCCUCUGGCAGCCUCUGGACAGACCUUGGAAUUCAGCCCAGAAAUGCUCAAAACAUGUGCAGAAAUAAACGCCAUUACUGCGUUCGCACCCGAGGAGCAUACCUAUCUGCAGAAACAUCUGCGCCACCUGACUCUAUCUCUGAUUCAUCGGACUAUCCGAAUCAUGGAGCAGAACAAGCGUGGCAUGCCUCAGAUCUCCGACAUUGACUUCGCGGCUCAGAACAUGGGUUUGGAGCCCACAUCGCCACAGAACCCGCCACCGGAUUUCCUGCGUCGAAUGGCACAACUCGCGGGAACCCAGAAGAACCUGCUCAACGCCAGUGAGGGCCCACCAGCCUUGCCGCAGCCAAGUCAAACGAAACCGGAGGACGCCGCAGCUGCUUCUGCCUCGGCGGAAACCGCAUCAAAACAGAAAGAUCCUAUCCCUGCUUCUCUCUCACAUCCUCGUGUUAUGCAGGCAGCUAUCAUAGAGGUAAGUGGUUCCUGCAAAUUGACUUCCUCUUGA